CUUUACCCAUUGAUGUCUUUUGUAAAUCUUUUUGCAGGUUGGAAAUGACAAAAAUUGGUGAUUUGGAGUCUCAAAGUCAGUGACAUGUCAGUUUUACUGUCUCUGUCCAGGUUUUUAAAGAGUGACCAGAUACUUAUUUUGUGACACUUAUAUAUCGGUUGUUGAUCCUUGGAGACAAAGAAGUGUGUCAUCUCAGCUGGAAAUAUGUUUUGAAUCUGAAAUGAAAUUUUCUGUUGUAACUCAGUGAAAUCCACUGGAACCAGGGAGCUGAGAACAUAGCAGCAUUUGUUCACUAGAGAUCAGUUCUUCAACUGCAUUAAUUGAUUGUGUGAGGGAUUUACUAAGUCUGACUGAUUUAGCGAAUUGACGGAGAAUUGAUAUUAAACUGUGAAAGGGAUUCAUUCACUCAUCCCACCUACAGACACACCAACGAUUUCACACUGAGGAGAUGCCGUUCACCUGCUCUGAUUGUGGGAAGGGAUUUACUCGGUCAUCCAACCUACAGAGACACAAACGAAUUCAUACUGGGAAGAGGCCAUUCACUUGUUCAGACUGUGGGAAGGGAUUCACUCAAUCAUCUGCCCUACUGGCACACCAACAAAUUCACACUGGGGAGAGGCCAUUCACCUGUUCAGUAUGUGGAAAGGGAUUCACUCAGUCAUCUGCCCUACUGGUACACCAGCGAAUUCAUACUGGAGAGAGGCCAUUCACAUGCUCUGAAUGUGGGAAGAGAUUCAAUCGGUCAUCUGAACUGAAGGUACAUCAGCGAAUUCACACUGGGGAGAGGCCAUUCACCUGCUCAGACUGUGGGAAGGGAUUCAGUCAGUCGUCCAACCUGCAGAUGCACCAACGAGUUCACACUGGGGAAAGGCCAUUCACCUGUUCAGAUUGUGGGAAGGGAUUCACUCACUUAUUCAGCCUACAGAGGCACCAGCGAGUUCACACUGGGGAGAGGCCAUUCAUCUGCUCAGACUGUGGGAAGGGAUUCAGUCAGUCAUCCCACUUACAGACACAUCAACGAGAUCACUUUGGGGCGUGGCCAUUUGUCUGCUCAGACUGUGGGAAGGGAUUCACUCAGUCAUCGCUCCUACAGAUGCAUCAACGAGUUCACACUGGGGUGAGGCCGUUCAUCUGUUCGGCAUGUGGGAAGAGAUUCAGUCGGUCAUCUCACCUACAGACACACCAGUCAGUUCACACUGGGGAGAGGCCAUUCACCUGUUCAGUCUGUGGAAAGGGAUUCAGUCACUCAUCCAGCCUACAGAGACACCAACGAGUUCAUACUGGAGAGAGGCCAUUCACCUGUUCUGUAUGUGGUAAAGGAUUCACUCAAUCAUCUGACCUGCUCGUACACCAGCGAGUUCAUACUGGGGAGAGGCCAUAUACCUGCUCGGACUGUGGGAAGAGAUUCACUCAGUCAACCAACCUUGUGGCGCACUACCGAGUUCACACUGGCAAAUCUUACAUCGAGAAAGCUAUUGCUAUGGUCAGGCAGAGUGAGGGUGCUUGUCAGCAACAGGCAGAUCUGAAGCAUGACAAUGAUGUUGAGGUAAACGAGGUGCAGUCAGAAAAACUACAGAAAGAAAUGACAGUGGAGCUCAGCUCAAACAAAACAGACAAGCGAAACAAAGAGCAGGGGUUUAUUUGGUCAUCUGAACUGAAGGUACACCAGCGAGUUCACACAAGGGAGAUGCCAUUUAUCUGCUGUGAUUGUGGGAAGGGAUUCACCCACUCAUGCCACCUACGGAGACACCAACGAGUUCACACUGGGGAGAGGCCAUUCAUCUGUUCAGACUGUGGGAAAGGAUUCACUCAGUCAUCCAGCCUACUGACUCACCAGUCAGUUCACACUGGGGCAAGGCCAUUCUUGUGCUCUGAUUGUGGGAAGGGAUUCACUCGGUCAUCAUACCUACGGAGCCACCAAUAUGUUCACACUGGGGAGUGGCCGUUCACCUGCUCAGACUGUGGGAAGGGGUUUACUUGGUCAUCUGAACUGAAGGUACAUCAGCGAAUUCACACUGGGGAGAGACUAUUCACCUGCUCAGAUUGUGGGAAGAGGUGUACUCGGUCAUCUGAACUGAAGGUACAUCAGCGAGUUCACACUGGGGAGAGGCCAUUCACCUGCUCAGACUGUGGGAAGGGGUUUACUCAGUCAUCGGAACUUAAAGUACAUCAGCGAAUUCACACUGGGGAGAGGCCGUUUACCUGCUCAUACUGUGGGAAGGGUUUUACUCGGUCAUCUGAACUAAUGGCACACCAACGAGUUCACACUGGGGAGAGACCAUUCACCUGCUCAGACUGUGGGAAGGGAUUCAGUCAGUCAUCCAACCUACGGAAACACCAACGAGUUCACACUGGGGAGAGACCAUUCACCUGCUCACACUGUGGAAAGGGAUUCACUUUGUCAUUUGAACUGAAUUUACAUCAGCGAAUUCACACUGGGGAGUGGCCGUUCACCUGCUCAGACUGUGGGAAAGGGUUCAGUCAGUCAUCCGACCUACUGACACACCAGCCAGUUCACACUGGGGAAUGGCCAUUCACCUGCUCAGACUGUGGGAAGGGGUUUACUCGGUCGUCUGAACUGAAGAUACAUCAGCGAAUUCACACUGGGGAGAGGCCAUUUACCUGCUCAUACUGUGAGAAGGGGUUUACUCGGUCAUUUGAACUGAAGGCUCAUCAGCGAAUUCACACAGGGGAGAGGCCAUUCACCUGCUCAGACUGUGGGAAGGGAUUCAUUCACACAUCCAGCCUACAGACUCACCAGCGGGUUCACACUGGGGAAAGGCCAUUCUCCUGCUCUGAAUGUGGGAAGAGAUUCACUCAGUCAUCUACCCUACAGAGACACCAGCAAGUUCACACUGGGGAGAGACCGUUCAUUUGUUCAGACUGUGGGAAAAGAUUCAGUCAGGCAUCCAACCUUUUGGCGCACUUCCGGUUUCACACUGGGGAGAAAAUUUAAAUAAGCUGCAUGCUGGAUAUUUAACUAUCACAUUUGCUGAAUCCAGAGUUAAGUUCCAAACUGACUGUUGGUGUUGAACUCUGCAGUUAUUGCUGCUGUUCUUCAAACCCAGUUCUGCACCCUGGUCAUUGGGCAUGGGAGGAGUUUCUUCUGCUGGUGUUCACCUUUAAUGGGACCGGAGUUUAAUAUUCUGGAUCUGUGACUAAUAAAUCAGUUCUAUUUUAAGCUCUGUAUCGGGUACUUAGUUAAUUUACAACACACACCCAGUGUACAGGAAAAAGUCCUCUCAGUCCCGCUGGUUCCUGCCAGUUUUUCUAUUCCACAACUAUCCUUUUAAAUCCAUCCUUGCUGUCAAUUGAUCACACUCUCUGCGGUGAUGGAUUCCAAACAUUCACUGCAAUGUGGGUGAAGAGUUUCCCUUUGAAUUUUCUGCAUGUCAUUCUGCAGACUGAAGAAGACAAGCUGACUGCAGUGAUGCAACCAUAUUGCAAUCACUGCCUCCUAAGAGUUCCUUUAUCUUAAGCUUCCUAAUCGCCUCCAGUUCAUUACUUAACACCCGAUCCAGUAUAGCUGAUCCCCUAGUAGGCUCAAUGACAAACUGCUCUAAAAAGUCAUCUCAUAGGCAUAUAACAAAUUUACUCUCUUGAGAUCCAUUGCCAACCUGAUUUUUCCAAUCUAAUUGCAUGUUAAAAUCUCCCAUGACUAUCAUAACAUUGCCCUUUUGACACAUCUUUUC